AUGCACAGCAUUAAGCAUCGCGCAAAACAGGCGGGCUACUACAGUGAUGGCUCAGAUCGAAACUUCAAUCCUUUCGCCAAAUAUCGCUCCAACAGCUCAAAGUCAACGAGACGGGACGAGGAGAACGGCCUACGACCUGUCCGCACUACGCACAAUGAUCAGGGCACCGAGCAGAGGAGAGAUGAACUAGUUGGCCACUCGCCGAAACACGCUGAUACCAGUCCGACUGCGAUAAGAGAGGAGAAGCACCAUGCUGGUGGUGAUAUCGACAUUCCCCGAUCUUCGAGCCCGACUAAUGAAGUGAAUGGACUCUCAGCGUCUCCGGAAAAGACUGGGGCUCACGAGAACGGCGAUGCGAUAGUCGGUGGCACCCGCUCAGCCUCCGAACAGGACGGCCUCAAGCGUCGUGAGGGCGGUAGAAAGGGCCUUCUGGGCGGAAUCUUCAAGCACUCAACGUCCGACAGCCAAGAGGCCGACCGAGAUUCCACUGGCAAGGACAAAGCCAACAAGCAUCACAAGUUUACUGUCGGCAACCAACUGCGCGCCGUUCUCUUCAACUCCUGGAUCAACAUCCUCUUGAUCGCUAGUCCUGUCGGAAUCGCCCUUCACUUCGCCAAAGUCCAGCCUAUCGCCAUCUUCGUCGUCAACUUCAUCGCCAUCAUUCCCUUGGCCGCCUUGCUCUCCUACGCCACCGAAGAGAUCGCUUUGCGGACUGGUGAAGUCAUUGGUGGUCUCCUGAACGCAUCUUUCGGCAACGCCGUCGAGCUGAUUGUCUCAAUCAUUGCCCUAGUCAAGGACCAGACUUUGAUUGUGCAGACGUCCCUUAUUGGCAGUAUGCUUUCAAAUCUGCUCCUAGUCUUGGGCAUGUGUUUCUUCUUCGGUGGAGUGAAUCGCCUGGAACAAAACUUCAACAUUACUGUCGCCCAAACAGCCUCUUCUCUCUUAUUUCUUUCGGUCAGCUCACUUCUCAUUCCGACUGCCUUCGACGAAUUCGCGCGCAUUGGCGAUCAGUCGCAAGCAUCCGGUGAUCCAAGCCAUCCGAAACCACAUGUCGCAGAUCUUAGUCGCGGUACAGCCAUCAUGCUGCUCAUCGUCUACGGUUGUUACCUGUUCUUCCAACUCAAGUCCCACGUCAAGAUGUUCAGCGAGGUGAGCGAAAAGACCGAGACGCGAAACGUAGGUGGUAAAUUGAAGAACACGUUUGUUCCCGACAGAUUCCGCCAUCAUGAUGCCGACGGCGCUGUCUCAUCAAACGCGGUUCGCGAAGCCGAAGAAGAGGAGGAAGACGAAGGGCCUGAAGAGCCCAAUUUGUCUGUCUUGGUUGCCAUUCUCACUCUAUGCGGAUCUACCGUUCUAGUCGCGCUGAACGCCGAAUUUCUUGUCGACUCCAUCAACGAAGUCACCUGCGGUGGCGGUAUCUCCAAGAACUUUGUCGGUCUAAUCCUCCUCCCGAUCGUCGGAAACGCUGCCGAACACGCCACUGCCGUAACAGUUGCCAUCAAGGAUAAGAUGGAUUUGGCCAUUGGUGUCGCUGUGGGUUCGUCCAUGCAGAUCGCUCUGUUGGUUCUUCCGCUUGUGGUGGUGCUCGGCUGGAUCAUUGGCAAGGAUGAUAUGACGCUCUUCUUCGAUGGCUUUCAGAUCACCGUUCUGUUCGUGUCGGUCCUCCUGGUGAACUACCUUAUUCAGGACGGCAAGAGUCAUUGGUUGGAGGGGGUAUUACUGAUGACGCUGUAUGUCAUCAUUGCGGUCGCUGCCUGGUUCUGUAAGUUCUUAACGCACAGCCGUCCGACGAAUGUCUCUAAGCUAACCAAUCUGCAGAUCCUACCUCGCCCGAAUUGA